GAUAUGUGUAAAAAUGAAAUCUUAUAUAGCACGUUUUGAAAUUAUCUCUUAAUAUAUAGUAUCUAUAUUAUAUCGUUGCAUCUUUUCUCGAUCGAUAAUAUUAAAAAGAGAUAAAAAAUUGAUAGAUAUCUACCAUACUGUAGAUAAUAUAUCAAUCUAUUUCAGAAUUUGCUGUUUUAAACUUAAUAUUCUAUUCUCUGUUAUACUAUUUCAAUUGGACAAGUUUAGCACGUGAUGUUCAAAUAGUUUAUGUACGUAGGUGUGACUUGUCAGCUGAUAUAUUAUCAAGAAUUGUUAAAUUAAUAAUUCUUUUUUUAAAUUUGCUCUGUUACUUUUGAUUUUUUAAAAUAAUGGCUCUUCAUUCCGCGGGGAAAGGUAAACUUCUUGCUGUAAUAGGAGACGAGGAUACUUGUGUAGGAUUUCUCUUGGGAGGAGUUGGCGAGAUUAAUAAACAUCGUCAACCUAACUUUAUGGUUGUAGAUAAAAAUACAGCUGUAAGUGAUAUAGAAGAUACAUUUAAACGUUUUAUUAAACGAGAUGAUAUUGAUAUUAUACUUAUCAAUCAAAAUGUUGCUGAAAUGAUCCGUCAUGUAAUUGAUAGCCACACACAACCUAUACCAUCAGUAUUAGAAAUUCCAAGUAAAGAUCAUCCAUAUGAUGCUACUAAAGAUUCUAUUUUAAGGCGUGCUAAGGGAAUGUUUAAUCCUGAAGAUAUACAUUAAUCUAAAAAUAUAAAAAA